AUGACCGAAAAGAAAUAUCCACAAAACCAACGCGAAGCACUGGCGGCUGUAUGGGCUGUGGAACACUUUUCCUACUUUUUGUUAGGCAGACGUUUCACACUUCGCACGGAUGCACAAGGCAUAACAUUCAUCUUAAAUCGUACUCGAGAGGAGUCGAAGAGGGCUCUAACUCGGGCAGAUGGCUGGGCGCUUCGACUGAGUCCAUAUGACUACGAUGUGGAAUAUGUCCGCGGUAGGGACAACAUCGCGGACGCUUCAUCAAGGUUAAACUGUGGAAAUGAUCGCCCGUUUGAGGAAGAUUCUAGCCCUUGGGAAAUAGCUUCCCUUGAGGCGAACGCAGUUGGAUUCCUAACGAACGCAGAAAUAGCAGAAGCAACUUCCACAGACGAGACUCUACAAUCAGUGAUGCAAUCCUUGAAGACUGGAGAAUGGCCCGGGCACUUACGCAAAUUCCAUACACUUGAAAAUGACCUAUCUACUCGAGAUGGAGUCGUUGCAAAGACCGGCUGCGUUGUGAUUCCGGAACAGCUUCGUAAUAAAGCUCUGGAGGUCGCUCAUACUGGUCAUCCGUCGGCAGCAAAAAUGAAGACCAUUCUUCGCCAACGUGUAUGGUGGCCUGGAAUGUCAACUGAUGCUGAGAAGUGGGUAGGGACUUGUGCUACCUGUGCAGUAAAUGGGCGACCCGAAAAGCCCACUCCAAUGAGGCGUACAUUCGCUCCCAAGGGCGUUUGGGAGACCAUCGCUCUUGAUUUUAACGGCCCAUACGUCCAAUUCGGUGGAAUCUCCAUACUAGCAGUUGUCGACUAUCGGUCACGGUUUUUGAUCGCAAAGCCUGUGAAAUCGACGAGCUUUAAUCACACGAAACCAAUUUUAGAAAUGAUAUUCGAAAGAGAAGGGCUCCCAUCCAACAUAAAAACCGAUAACGGUCCACCCUUCAAUGGGAACGAAUAUAAGAAUUACUGUUCUGAACGAGGAAUAAACGCAAUCUUCUCAACUCCGCUCUUCCCCCAGCAGAACGGUCUCGUGGAGGGGUAUAUGAAGGUAAUAAAUAAAGCGAUGUCUACUGCGUAUGCCAAUAAAACCAACUUCGUUGAGGAACUCCGCGCAGCCGUAGAUGCGCACAAUGCGGCUGCUCACCGAGUCACGAAAAUAGCACCUGAGGAAGUAUUAACAGGACGAAAAAUUAAACGAGGACUCCCACUUCUUCACCACGAAAGUAGUAACGUUAACGAUGAGCUACUGGAACAACGAGAUCGUGAAGCGAAACUCCUCUCAAAACAAAGGGAAGAUACUCGACGAGAUGCCAGACCGUGUCGCGUCAAACCUGGUGAUGAUGUGAUUAUAGAACGUCUAUCCCGGGCGAAGGGAGAAACCAGAUUUUCUCCGAUGCGUUUUACUGUCCUUGAAGAGCAAAACGGCAAUUUAACGUUGACAAAUGAUGUAGGUCAAAUUCUCAAGCGCCAUGUAUCACAGACCAAAAAAGUCAACCCGUGGCGCAACACAAACGACGAAACGGUAUCAAGUAUUCCACUGGGUGAUCAACCGGACCAAACGAAUCAUCAGCGUCCAUCUCGAGUGAGGAAGGAACCCGGGUACCUUGAGGACUUCGUAAGAUUAGUUGCAAGCGGUGAAGAAACCAACUGA